AACCUAUAACUCACCUCCCAUUUGCUGCUGCCAUUUAUUGCCAAGUUAUAUGAGAGUCUGAACCAGAGAAAAGCAACACAUAUGUGCAGAGCACAAGGCAAAGGAAAUUACAAUUCACAUCAAAAGCCAAUAAUCAGAAAAAUGGAUCCCAGCAAUCAGCCCCCAGGUGCCUGGAAUUCAUUUGAGAAAUCAGGGAUGCUGCAGCCUACAUCACCACCACCAGCAUACCAGGACAAUCCUGCUGGAUACCCGACCUCUUUUCCAAGCCAGCCAGUCCCCCAGGGCUCCUAUGCCCAAGGGCCAUAUCCUGGCCAAUCUGUGGUUGAUGUGCAGCCUACAGUUUUUGUGACCGCCGCUCCACUGGCCAAUCCACUGCCAGAUUACCUGUGCUAUUCCAUCUUUACCAUGUUCUGCUGCUGCUUAUUUCUGGGCUUCGCUGCACUGAUUUUCUCCUGGUCUACUCGAAAUGCCAACUACUCAGGACAGCGAGCAUUAGCAGAGAAGAACUCCAAAAUGGCACGCACCCUGAAUCAUGUCGCCGUUGCUGUUGGGCUUGUCUUCCUUGUAGUGUUUAUUAUCUUACAGUUUGUGAAGAUUUAGAGAUAACAGCUGUUAGAGCUGUCAUAGUUGGAUGCAGAUUACAAAUAGAUUUGGUUCUCUGCUUUUUAAAUGUUAUUUGGUCAAUGAAUCAUUACACUUAAAACAUGCUGAUAAUUAUGUUUAUGAUUAUUAUUAUGUUUAAAACAUUGAAAGCUUUGACUGGCCAGCUAAAUUUAUCAUGAUAGAACAAUACUUUGUCCUGUAUUUUCUUAAUUAUUAAUUAAUAACAGGAAUAUAUUCUCAGUGCAGAUGAGUCUGUCAUGAGUCUGUAAGACCAACCAAAUGACAAUCCAUUUUCAAUAUUUUUUAUUGAGUUACUUGUGUUUUUUGUUGUUGUUUUUUUAGACUUUUGCUUAUCUUAAAUAUCUUGUGUGCAGCUGUGCUGUUUUUUUUUUGUUUGUUUGUUUUGUACAUACCUGCGCAUAUUUUUUACAUUGACACGUGUAAAAAACAAAGGAGAGCUGGAUCAAAAUGCAGUGAGUUUUAUAAACAAGCUAAUCAAACAUGAGCUCCAGGAAGAGAAUAAGUGUACCAAACAUAACAUCCACGUAAGAACAAGACUAGACAAUGAACACAAGAAAUACUGGUGUUUAAAUACACAAAGGCUAACAAGGGGCUGAUGAUGAGGGACAGGUGUAGGUGAAUAGUAGUCAUGGAAACAAAUGAGGGUAACUAUGGAAACAAGGUACAAAGCAAAUAUUCCCAUCAAGAUCCACAUUGUUGAAAGACACUAUAUAUUUAGAAAAAAUAUUUAAUUAUGAAUUCCAUUGUUGUAUUUAAUUAACAUACAGUACCUGUCAAAAGUCUGGAAACAUUACAGUGUUUUAAUGGUUUUGAACAAAAGUCUUUUAUGCAAACAUGUUAAGCAGCACAGCUGUUUUCAACAUUGAUAAUAAUAAUAUGAAGAAUACCUGAGCAGCAA